AUGUCUGCCGACAACCAAACGGGGUACUUCGCCUCCUCCACCGAGCUCGCUGACCUGGGCGCUGCUCGAUUCGACCACGAUACUGCUGCUGUCGGUGACAAAGACUAUGCGCUCACAUCCUACACCCAAGCUCCCAUCACCGUGCAAGGUGGCCGCGCUCCUAAGGGUCUUGAGAGCCAGGUCUUUGCCUGGAACACGUUCCAGUAUACGACUACCGAGCGUAACGAGAAGGAGGAGAAGAAGGGUGAUCUGCAUGAAGGCCAGCUGCACCGCGCCAACCGAGCUGCUGCGGGUAUUGCACCACCCUUGAUGGCCCACGACAACAGACCUACCAGCUACGGUGGUGGGCGCAGCGAAAGAGGUGGACAAAGUGGGCGAGGUGGCAGGAGUGACGGUGCAGCCGGUAGGACCGAUGGGCAGCUUGAUGCGCUUUGUGCAGCUAGGAAGCCCGAGGGCAACGCACCGCCGCUGGCAAAGGGUUUCGCGGAGGAGCUGGACAAGAGCAUGUUCUGGGAUGAGCCGAUCUGCUGA